AUGGCGGCCUCAGCUGUGCCUUCAGCGAGCGCGCAGAUCAGCUCUCAGGCUCAGACGUCACAUGUCGUCGAAGAGCAUACCGAUCAGCAUCAGGACGCGAAUCAUGGCGAAUUCAGCAAGCACGCCGUCACCGCCGACAUGGACCUCAGCAUCGUCCAAGACCCCAUCUUGGAAAUGUGCCCGUCUCUCGAUAUUCUGCAGCAUAUCGUGCAGUCCACGUCUCUUGAUCUCAAAGUCAAGAAGGCCAAGCUCAGCAGUGCUCUCCUACGUGCUGCAAGCAACGGAGACAUCGACAUGCUAUCUUGGCUACUUGACCGAAAAGCAGAAGCCAGGCCUAUCAUUGCCGCCGGCUCGAAUCGCACAAAUUCGCGCGGCACACCUGACGUCUCGUUUCAGGAGCUGCGCGAUGAAGAAGGCUCCGGUCCCGUCGUGCUCGCGACGUGUGCAGGCCACAUCGACGCCGUCACCGUCCUCAUCAUCAAUGGUGCAGAGGUGGAUGAAAGGGAUGCCAGCGGAUGGACCCCUUUGAUGUGGGCCAUAAACAGCUCCCAUCUUCCCCUCGCCAGCUUCUUGCUCAGUCGCGGCGCUGAUGUCGACGCCAAAAGCACCAAGGGUACCACCUGCGAGGACUUCAUCCUGUCGGCUGCUCCAGAGGCAGCUACCUCUGCACCAUCUUUGGGCGGGCAGGACGGACUACAAGACGCUUCCAGGCCUGCCUCUAGCGAGCAAGAAGCAAUAGCCGACCUCAUCUACGAGCAUCAGCGCUAUCUUUCGGUACAGCAGUCCGCUGCACAGCGCCUGAACAACCUCUUUCUCGACAAUUCGCCCGAUCGUACUAAGCCGACCACCUCAGACAGCGGAAGGAAAAGCAGCAACCCCAGCCCGACGCGCUCUCAGCGACCCUCGACUCCAUCCUCAUCUAGCCCGCUCAAGCCUGGUCAUUCGAGGACCAGCUCGCAACUCACACAGCGAAGGCUCGUCGGGCGCUAUGAGAGGGCACACCUUGCAGAGCAGAAGAACAGACAACAAGAGCUCAGCGAUGCUCGCAAGAGCGCAUUGGCAGACAUUGCUACGCUCCUCGAACUCGAUCUCGAUACACUGAUUGGCGAGCCCAGCACAGCGGACAGUGCAUCAGGCUCCACCGCGGACGGACAUGCUGGACCUUCGACAUUUGCUCGUCGCAGGCGAAGAGGCGCCGCCAAGACAGUGCAUGCAGAUCUGGCGUCAGGAUGUGGUGCGGCUGAAGUCGGUGCUGACCUUCUCUCGGUCGAGUUUGACUGGAAGAGGGUUCGCCACGACCAGAUGCUCGUCUUUGGUUCCAACGAUCUGGAACCUUUGCUCGGCAUGCUCAUCUCCAACAUGAAGCCGGUCAGGGCACCUUGGACGUCUCGCGCAGCUCCCGCUAAUGUGGUCUUCCUUUGCGCACGAUACGCAUGUUUCCUCCACGACGAGGAUCUGCUAGAAGAGCUCUUCCUCGGCGUCAUCGACCGGAUCGAAGGCGUGAUCUACUCGCAUCCUACCGAUAUGGCGUUUCUCGCCUUCUGGCUCUCCAAUUGUUGCCUUCUCCAUUACUAUAUGGACAAAGAUCGCACGCUUCGCAAGUCGAGCUCGGUCAAGGAGUAUCGCGGUCUGCUCGCAGACCUACUCAACGAGAUCAUAGUCUUCAUCAUUCGAGAUGCGGAGCGACGGAUCGACAAGGUCCUUGACGCGGCCAUGCUGGACCACGAAGCCAUUCCAGGGCUUGAGGAGCCCCGCUUCGAGGGAGAGUGGAAGUUCAUGAAGACACUUGCGGGCAGUGUCAAGGGGAUAGGCCAGAGCGGCUCCAUCUCGCAAGGCAUGACAGCAAGCCCGAGCUCUCGCAGACCUAUCAGCCAGAUCUUCGGGACAGGUCGCGCGGCUGAUACCCCGCCAAUCAGUCGCAAUCAAAGCGGCAACAGUUCCGAGGAAGCGACCCUGCCGUCCUCUCCCUCUCUUGGCGGUAGUGGUCGGCCAUCGAAUCUCUUCGGCCCCGCGACUAUUGGCCAUUCAGGCUUUCGCACUCCAGGCGGUGACAGCUCUCCCCGCAAAGGUCUCAGCGAGUCACUCCGCCCCGUACGCGAAGCGUCGUCUAACGUCUCCGCCAACGAUCUCCUCGCCGCACCUUCACCACGCACCAUCAGCUCUUUGCUCACUUCGACUUUGCAGGUUCUCCAGUUCUACGAGAUCAACCCGGCCAUCAUCGUCCAGGCGCUCUCGCAGAUCUUCUUCUGGACGGGCUGCGAGCUCUUCAAUCGGGUCAUAACACGCAAACGCUAUCUGUGUCGCUCACGAGCCAUCCAGAUCCGAAUGAACGUCAGCGCUCUCGAGGACUGGGCGCGUUCCAAUGCGUUGCCACUCAGCAUCGUACAUGCGCAUAUCUCGCCCUUGUCGCAGCUCAUCUCGUGGCUGCAAUGCCAGAGCUCGCUGCAGGAGUUCGACGGAUUGAUCGCGACCAUGCAAGGUCUCAAGGCGCUGACACCGGUGCAGAUGCGCAGGGUUGUGAGGGACUAUCGCUACGGGGUCGGUGAGACGAGAAUGAGCGAAGAGUGCCUGCAGUACCUCGAUCAGCUCAUCAUCGAUUGGAAGAGGAGGCAGGACGAACAGCUGCGGCAGGUGAAAGAGGAGGCGAGGUUGGUGCAAGAACGGAAGAAGAGGAUGAAGAAGCAAACUUCGCAACAUCAGAAGUCUGGGACGGCGAGGCAGGAGGAUUACAGAUCCGAGUCCCGGCUCCUCGGCUUGCAAAAAGAGGAGGAGGAUGGAGACGACGAUGACGACGAUGACGACGAUGAAGUCAUGGCACCGGCAGACGGACUGGAUGGUCAGAUGGGGGAUGCCAGCAUGAACAGCAAUGGCACAGCGAGACUCGCCCACACCGAGGAACCGCUCACGGUGGCAGAAGCAACCGCAUGCUCGGCGCAAGCCAUGAUCGAUGAACUGUUCAUGCCUGGCAAGAGCAUGUCGGAUUAUGUGCCACCAUGGACUGCGGCGGGUCCACCGCUGGGCUUAUAUGACGAGACUGGUGGCGUACCAGGAAGCGCACCGUCGACACCAUCCAAGGGCGAUGGGCUGUUGAACAGCCGAGAGAUGCUUCCCUUUGCGCUGCCUUCUCGACGCAAUGCGUUGAUCGUCACGCCUGGCGAUGCGUUCGGCUUUGGGCGGGGCCACUUUACGGGCACAGGUAUGCCCUCCGUGCGAAGUGUCAACGGCGAUUCGUCUUCCAGCAACGGUGGCUCUGCAGCCAGCUCGCGUCGCUCCUCCAUCGCGUCCUCUUCUUCGCUUCGACACGCCACGUCCAUCGAUGGCGACACGACUCUCGAGCAAGCGCCUCGGCGAGAAGAAGACACAGAUCUGACGUCCGACACCUCCUCCCACACGGACGCGAGCACCACGAGCCGAACGAGCACACUCUUCCCCACCGGCAAAGGCCUCCUCGCGGGUGGCUACUGGUCUCCCGUCCCCCUGCUACCCGACAACCUGCUCGAACGCAUCGAUGCGCUACUCAAAGCCGCCGCCGCCCUCCUACCACGCGAUCGAUCGCGGAACAUCCUCCUCGCCGACCAUCUGUCGGAUGAACACCUCCCCCUCCCCCCUUCCUCCCCACCACGACCGACAGGUCCAGUGAUACCCCCGAGGGAGGAAAGCAUCUUGCAAUCGCCCAAGAAAGAAUCUCUCGCUUUCAUCAGGCCCUCGGAUAGCGACGUGGUGGGGUUGAAGCUCAGCCUGCCCAGCAGAAGGGUGUUUGAUGAAGACGAGGAGGGAGAGGAUAUGAUGACUCCCGGUCCGAAUCGGCAGACCACGCUCAAAGGUUCACCUUUCUAA